ACUUGAUAGGUGCUGUAGGUGUCUGAUUGCACCAUUAGUGUUGAUUCCUAAGACUGUUUUCAGCUUCUCAUAUGAAUAAGACUGGAUAAAGAGAACUGCACUGGACAAGGGAAGAUUGCCUAGUAAUAAAUACGAAAUCCCACUCAUAAAGUAAGAGCACUGAAGCAGAGGCCAUCAAGACUGUUGCACUGAAGGAUUUUAGCUGAAAAACAUUUAGAAGAAUAAACAUGUCGGGAAGUCUGAAAGAUGUUCUUAUCGAUUCUAAAGAUGCUGUAGUAACAGGAAUGGAGUUGUUCCUACAAGAACCCGAGUUUUUGAUUUGCACAACAGAAAUGCUUUUCCCCCUUGUGGAAGUUGCUACUCCUUUUAUGAAACUGGUACUUCAAAAUGAGGAAAGCAGUGAGGUUAAGUACAUAAAGGAACAGUUUCAGAUGGUGCGGGACAAGUUAGAGGAGAUUGCAGAUCAAAUUGUUGAUAUAAAUAAGGCACUGAAGAAGAAGGAUAUUGACUCAGAGUUUUUUAAAAUAGAAGAAAAUCUUUUAUUCCUCUUUGAAAAAUACCUUGAUAUUUUAGAAGCAAGUCCAAAAUUCAAAGAGGGAAAGAAAACUCAGUUCAUUGAAGAUUACGAGGCUUUCCCUGCAGAAAAAGAUCUAAAUGAGUUAUAUGAUGCAGCAGUGGGGGAUGCAUCAUUUGGGUGUUCCAUCCUUGACUUUGCAAUGGACUACACAGAGAAACAUCGGCGAGCUCUAGAGCAAUAUUUUUCCCGUCUUCUCAGGCUUUUCUAUCUUGGGCUGAUUAUUGUGAUGGGAUACAAGGCUAUCACCAUGGAAUCAGGGGAAAAAUUUAAAAAGCAAUGGAGCGAAAAAAUGCUCAGAGUUGAGGCCAAAAUGAAAUCUUUGAUAGAUGACUGUAUAAGUAACUUUCCACAACAAGCACGGAUUGAUGUUUUAAAAGUGUGUCCUCUGGAGGAAGCUGGCAGAAGUAACAGUGACUUAGCAACUUUAAUUCUUAAUGUGCUGAAGGAGAAAUACGACUGGGUCAGAUGGUCUGUUCACGUUCAUGACCCAUGUACCUCAUGGUUUAAUUACUGGUUCAGUUUCUGGUCAGCUAAAGAAGACUACCACUUGCACACUGGGAAGAGUUCCUUUACUUUUCCAGAAUUUACCAAGCACAAUGUCAUUGUUUCUUACAGCAGUGGCCUCAAACAGCUUGACAGUGCUCUUAUCCAAAAGCUGGUAUGUCACCUCGAGUCAAAGGAUGUAAACUGUGACUUAACCAAAGCCACUUCCUUCCUUAACGAAAAUAUGCCUGGACAUGUAGUCCAUAUCCUUAGGGGAAAUCAGAAGAUGGAAUGUUCACACAACUUUCCUGCUGAUUGCCAUUACAAUGAAAGUUUCCAAAUGUUUCAGUUAUGUAUCCACUCAGAAUGAUUGGUAUCCUAACAUUACCUGGACUUAUAUCUAUUUUGCAGCAUAUUUUCUACUAAUAUUGACAGCAUGAGCAAGCAUGUUGAUAGGAUCCCACAUAAAGGGAAAGAAAGACUGUAGAUCUUAUUUUCUUUAGUGAUUUCAGGAUAAUGCAUGUGCUAUGACAAUGUUAUGAUUUUCAAAGUAGAUGUCCUGUGCUUAAAUCUGUAGUACUUUCCUUUUUUUUGCCAUGAUUUUUAUUUCUACAAGAUAAAUUCUCCCCUUAGACACAGAAAGACCUACGCAGACUUUGAAAGAUUGAUUUUUUUUUUUGUUUUAGAAAAUGUCAUACUGCGUUUUGGUGUGAUGACUUACAAAACAAAUUAGAUUUUAUAGAUGAUUGCUGUGAGUCAAGAAAUGAACCUGGUGUGAAUGACCUUAUUCAGUUUAAAUGUUAAGAUUUACAGCAUUAGGCUUAACAAAAAUAAACUUUGUUUUUGUCUUUUUA